CCUCUGUAGCCUAUGUACAAUGCACAUUAAGGAACAUUUCUAGCGCUCUGCAUUUCUCCAGCGUUCAUAUACAGGUUAUAACUAGUGUUUGUUUUUAAUUCUCAAUCGACCUUCAGAGUUUCAUGGUCAGGUUUUGUACGCAGCGAACAAGAAGAUUACUGUAUUGCACAUUCAUUUUCAUGCUACUCUGCAGACGUGGAGGAUAAAAGCCUUGCUUUUCUUUUCAAGCUUUUAUAAAGAGCCUGUGUUGAUGUGACUGUCUUGAUGGAGUGAUUUGGCAGCAAGAAUCCAAUGGCCUCCGUGGAGCUGCUUUACAUAGAUAAAGAGAGCGGGCGAGACGAUCCACCGGAUGUCCCUGAUUCAGACCCAUCUGUUCAUGGGAUAGAUUGUCCAGCUGAAGGAUCAAGCCUCAGGGAACAUGAAAGCAGUUUACAUGGAAAAGCUUUUGUCACAGAGGGUCAGUGUCAUUCAGCACCAAAGAUGACCCCAAGCAAAGGACUAACAGGCAAGCGCUUUCGCCAGGAGAAGAUCAGGGUUUGUUGUGACGAGGAGCUGGAGACCUCUUUCACUUAUGUUGAUGAAAAUGUCAAUCUGAGCCACGUCACGCCAGAGACGAGCGAGAAAAGCCUCCAUGAUGGGACACCUGGCCCCGACUCCCCAAACGAGAACCGCCUUGAAUUUUCCUUAAUGUCUGACCUGACAUCGGAGAGCGCAGGAAAGCCAGUAGAUUAUGGAUUUAUCAGUGCUGUCACCUUCUUAGUAACAGGAAUAACUUUAGUAAUCAUAUCUUAUUCUGUCCGUCGUGACUCAGGAGUAAACCCGGAUUCGGUCUCGGCACGAGAGAUGGAGAGACUGGAAAGUGAGAGUGCAAGGCUCGGGGCACACCUGGAUCGGUGUGUUAUUGCUGGGCUUUGCCUUCUCACGUUAGGUGGGGUAGUGCUUUCUACUCUGUUGAUGAUUUCAAUGUGGAAAGGAGAGAUGUACAGGAGAAAGGCCUUCUCAUAUUCCAAGCACUCAGCGAAGCUUUAUGGCUCGACUAAUUUGAGAACAAAAUCAAACUCUGCUCAGUCAUCAGCACAUAAUUUUGUUGAGGAACACUCUGCUGGUAAUUUAAGCUAAUCUUUUUCUUUUUGUAAACACAUGUCAAAAUUAGACUUGCAUACCACAGAAAGUGUGUUUUAAGUCAUUUUUUCACUGGACACUGCGGUACAGCAAGCUUUGUUACUCCAGACUAAUCCAAAUCUAGAGUUAGCCUUACCUUAUUAAAGCACCAUGUUAGCUUCUGAUGGGUUGUGGGAUGCAACAUCAUUUCACUAUGCAACACUAACAGUAGCAACGGUUCCUACUUUUCCAUACACACACUGACAAGGGCUUGCACACUUUUCUUUUGUACUUUAUUAAAUUAUUAUCAGAUGCUACUACUAAAAAUUGCUGUGCCUUAUUUUCUGGUAAAUGGUGAUUCUAGGUAGCUAGUGUUUCUUUUUUUUUAAUGAUGGUUGUGUGACUCGUAUGAUAACUGUGAGGAUUGUGGUAUGAUUCUGUUUGACUAAUGAAUCUGCAUUAUUUAUAGCUCCACUGGAUUUGGAUGCCCUUGUAUGAAGGGUAACCGAUUUCAUCAUGGACAUUUUUCCUGCAAAAAAAAAACACAUCAAAGUGAAAACAGCUUGAAUAUAGUAAAAUGGUUUAAAAAAAAAGCCUGGUAUUUACUAGUAUAAGAUUACACUAAAAUGUAUAUUAGAAUACUAAACUAUUUCUAUUGAGCAUUUCAAGCCUUGCACAGCUGGCAGAUAAUUUUGCCAAAUUGAAACAUUUGUUUUUAGAAAGACAUUUAAAUCUUAAAGUUAGUAAAAUAAUGCCUAGAAUUAGGUUUAAUAAUCAUUUAUUUGGUUUAUUGUAAUUGUAUAAUAGGAAAUACUAGAUGAAUGUCACUAUAUUUAAGAUAUUUUCACAUAUUGUUUAUUCACAAACUAAUAUUUAAUCUUUAUUAGAUUAAGAUUAUUAAACCUAUUUCUAAAUAUUUAUUUUUAUUAUUGUUUCAAGCAGUUACUCCAGUUACAGAAAAUUCUGCUUAUGUCAUUUCAAAAAGAAAGCAAAAUGUUCUGCCAGUCUACAGAUAUGUACACUGUAGUAGCAAUGAAAAUCUUGGCAAAAUACAGGAUCAUAGAUUUGUUACUGAAAAGUGUCCAGUGGAAAAGCGCUAUUAGUCACACACUUUAUAGUCCUAUAAUAGUCUGUAGGCUUUUUUCUUCUUUCUUUUUUUUUAAUUGGCUUGUGAAGAUAUUAUUUAAUUAUUGUUUGAAAUUCUCUUGAAGUUCGCAUAUUUAAAAGGAUUACUAGCUUCCUAUCAUUCUCCCUUGUAACCAUAACUAACAUUUAGUUCUUAGUGCUGAUUAGAUGUGUAAAUGCUGGUUAGAAUGUUUGAGCUACAGCUGAAAAACUGACAGAAAUUCCCAUUAAAUCAAUUUACAUGGUUGCUGCUGCCGUACUGACAAUCCUUCUCAGCUCUUACUGCUUUAUUCUUUA